GUCGCAUUGACUGAUUUGAGGAAUCGAUCCAUGUGGGCGGCCCUCCUUGGAUCACCAUCGGGCCUUCGGCUGCUUGAUGCUGCGUUCAGAGGUCGCAUCAACGACGUCCAGCGCCUGCUCAAGGAAGGCGCCAACGUUAACUGGACCAACAAGAACGGGGUGACGCCGCUCUUUAUUGCUGCACAGAACGGACACGACAUCGUCGUCAAGACGCUCCUCGGCGCCAACGCAGCUGUGGAUCAAGCGAUGAACGAUGGAGUGACGCCGCUGAUGAUGGCUGCAUUCAACGGACACGACAUUAUCGUCAAGACGCUCCUCGGCGCUAACGCAGCUGUGAAUCAAGCGAUGAACGAUGGGAGAACGCCGCUGAUGAUUGCUGCAUUCUUCGGACACGACACCGUAGUCAAGACGCUUCUCGACGCCAACGCAGCUGUGGAUCAAGCUAGAAACGACGGUGACACCCCACUUUUGACCGCAACCCGACGCGGUCAUCUCGAUAUUGUGCAACAUCUUCUCGACGCUGGCGCAGACGUGAACCAGAGUCUUCAAGCGGGUGCAACGCCGCUUCUACUGGCCGCCCAGUUUGGCCACGACGAGGUGACUCGCGCCUUGCUGAGUCACCACCCCAACCUCCAAGCCACCGAUGCCGACGGCAACACGGCGCUCUCGAUGGCCACGCAGCGUGGGCACGCGACUAUUGUCCGUCUUCUGCAAGAGUAUAUCAACACCAACCCGGGUGUACGCGCCAUUGACUGCUUGCAUGAAGUUGAAUUUAUGCUCUUUUCGUAG